CCUCCCGCCCCGCCGCCCUGCCCGGACUGCAGCAUCCCGCCCGCCGCAGUGCCCGCAGCGCCGGGGCCGGGCCGCGCCACCGGCCGGGGGGGGCAGGGGGGCUCGGCGCAGCCCCGGAGGAUGCUGUGCCCCCUCGCCGGGGGUGCAGCCAGCGCAGCACCGCACGCCUAGGAGAGGAGGGGGAAGGGUCCGGAUUCUCCUGGUCAUCUGAUUCAGGUCAAGCAGGACUUCGCAUUGCCAAGAGCCCGCCGAUCCCGCCGGAGCAGCUCCCAGCGCCUGCCGCUGCCCCCCGGGAGGGAGGCAGGAGGCUCUUUCAAUCCCUGGAGGAUUGAGAGGCUGGCACCCGUCCCCGGCGGCGUCCCGUCCAUGGACCACCUCCCAGCAUGAGCGCCGACGCUGAGCAGCUCCCGGCGGGGGCCCAGGCGGCCGGCGUGCCCCUCUGGACCGUAUCCAGCUGGGCCGCCUCCGAGGUGCCCCCCAACACCAGCGCGGCUGCGGGGGAGGCCGGCCGGCAGCAGGGACAGGCGGAGUGGGGCGGCAAGGCGGGCGAGAUCGCGGGCAUGGUGGUGAUCCAGUGCAUCUACGCCCUGGUGUGCCUGCUGGGGCUGCUGGGCAACUCCCUGGUGAUCUUCGUCAUCCUGCGCUACGCCAAGAUGAAGACGGCCACCAACAUCUACCUGCUCAACCUGGCCAUCGCCGACGAACUCUUCAUGCUCAGCAUCCCCUUCGUGGCCACGUCGGCCGCCCUGCACCACUGGCCCUUCGGCCGGGCCCUGUGCCGCACCGUGCUGGGUGUCGACGGGCUCAACAUGUUCACCAGCGUCUUCUGCUUGACCGUCCUCAGCCUGGAUCGCUACAUCGCGGUGGUGCACCCGCUGCGGGCAGCCACCUACCGCCGUCCUCGGGUGGCCAAGAUGGUCAACGGGGGCGUGUGGCUCCUCUCCUUGCUGGUGGCUUCGCCCAUCCCCAUCUUCGCCGGUACGGCAACCACCCGCGAUGGCCAAGCGGUGGCCUGCAACCUCCUGUGGCCGAGCCCGGCCUGGUCGGCCGCUUUUGUGGUCUACACCACCUUGCUGGGCUUCCUGCUGCCGGUGCUGGCCAUGGGGCUGUGCUACCUGCUGAUCGUGGGCAAGAUGCGGGCGGUGGCGCAGCGGGUGGGCUGGCAGCAGCGCCGGCGCUCCGAGGGCAAGCUGACGCGCCUGGUGCUGAUGGUGGUCGCCAUGUUCGUGGUCUGCUGGAUGCCCUUCUACGUGGUGCAGCUGGUCAACCUCCUGCUGCCCGGCCGCCUGGAUGCCACCGUCAACAACGCCUCCCUCAUCCUCAGCUACUCCAACAGCUGCGCCAACCCCAUCCUCUACGGCUUCCUCUCGGAAAAUUUCCGGCACUCCUUCCACGGCGUGCUGCGCCGCUGCCUCGACGCCAGCCUCUGCUGCUGCCACGCCGGGGAGGGGUCCGCCGAGGAGGAGGAGGAGGAGGAGGAGGAGCCCCUUGACUACUGCGCCGCUCCCCGGGGGGACGACAAGGGCAAGGGCUGCAUGUGCCCGCCCCUGCCCUGCCAGCAGGAGCCCGUGAACCCCGAGCCCUGCUGCAAGCCCGGACCCCUCCUCACAAAGACCACUGCCUUCUAGGGUGCCCCCACGCCUCGCUGGCCCCUGGGCGGGCGUCUCCACCGGGCACGGGCAAAGGGGACCCCGGCCGGCCGGAGAGGGGACACACCGCCGUGCCCCGCGCCGCCGGUCCUCACUCGUGCUGUGCGGUUCGACAAAAUAAAAAGCCAUAAGACUGGCCCGUGAUACAGUUAAUUACAUCGACUGGGUAAUUAUUUGCCGUUACCUGCGGCCGCAAGGAGCCUCCGCUGGGAUCAGGGACGGCGAGGACUCCCAAAGGCGUUAGUGAACAGUGACUAGCCACGGGGCGGGUGCCCCUCCCGAAUAACAAAACUCAAACGGCCCCGUUCCUUCCCAAAGGCACGCUCUGAAAGACGGAGAAAAGUCCUGAAGCCCCCCAGCCCCGUGACGAACGUUAACAGAGGGAGGGGGUAGGACCGGACUGGAGUUCUGCAUCAGCUCUGCAGGGCGUUGAGAGCACAGCACCAAUUUGACCCCUUUGGGUUCCUCUUAUGUGAAAAAAAUAAAAGGGGUUUUUGAGGAAAGGAAAAAAACUUAGGUCCCACCAAUAAACCUCCCCCACCCACCCCAAAUUCCCUGGCAAAGGGAUUUUAGCGCACACAGGACCAAAAUUGUAUUUUCCGCAAGAAAGCCCAGAGGAACCAAAUCCCACUCCCUUUGCCGCAGGCAAACAUCACCUCUAGUGGCACUUGAAAUACAAACCCAUAGGAACCUGAGCUGAGGAAUGGCUCUGGGGCUACGAUACCGGCUUGGCAGCACUGAGGUAGCGUUCAAUUAGCCAUUUCCAGCUUAUUUGCUUUUAACUUUGUCCUUUUAGUGUUAUUCUCGUUCUCCAUUAUUUAUGGCUCACUCCUUCUGUUUUAAUCACCGUGGUGAAAUAACCAGCAGGGCACGUUUGCAGCGUGAUGCUCUGCUAAGAGCCCACAGCUCCUGUACUUCUGGGUUUUUUGGGUUUGGUUUUUUUUUUUGCUCCAGCGAGGUUUGU